AUGGCGACUAUUGCAAACUUUAAGAUCCCAAAGGUGGUUAAUGAGCCGAAUCAUCAUUAUGCUAAGGGAUCCGCACAACGCGAUGGAAUCUAUGAGGCUUUGGAGAGAUUGGAGAGCAAGGUUCCUUUGGAAGUCCCUCUUGUAAUUGGAGGUAAAGAGAUCAAGACAUCCUCUGUCUCCCAUCAGUUCAACCCUGCCGAUCACUCCUCGAAGGUCGCAUCCUACUCAAACGCCUCCCCAUCUGAUGUCUCCUCCGCAAUCGAUGCCGCCCUCGCUGCAAAACCCGAAUGGGAAUCUCUUCCUUUUGCAGACCGAGCCGCUAUCUUCCUCAAGGCCGCAGAUCUCAUCUCGGGCAAAUACAGAUAUGAAAUCAUGGCUGCUACAAUGUUGGGACAGGGAAAGAAUGUUUGGCAGGCUGAGAUUGAUUCUGCUGCAGAGUUGGCAGACUUUCUCAGAUUCAAUGUUCAAUAUGCCGAGGAAUUAUAUGCGCAACAACCGGAACACCAUUCACCUGGUGUCUGGAACAGACUUGAGUACAGACCUUUGGAGGGAUUCGUCUACGCUGUUACUCCUUUCAAUUUCACCGCCAUUGCGGGUAACUUGCCAGGUGCACCAGCUUUGAUGGGAAAUGUUGUAGUCUGGAAACCAUCCGAUUCUGCCAUUGCUUCCAACUGGCUGUUGUAUAACAUCUUACUCGAGGCCGGUCUGCCCAAGAAUGUAAUUCAAUUUGUACCAGGUAACCCUGUCGAAGUCACGAAGGUUGUUUUAGAGCAUAAGCAAUUAGCUGCUCUUCACUACACCGGAAGUACCUCCGUAUUCAGAAAACUCUAUGGAUCAAUUGCCAACGGGGUUGCCGAGGGUAGGUAUCAGGGAUAUCCAAGAAUCGUAGGAGAGACUGGAGGAAAGAAUUUCCAUCUUAUUCAUUCCUCGGCCGAUGUAGAGAAUGCUGCCCUUAACACUGUCCGUGGCGCAUUCGAAUAUCAAGGUCAAAAGUGCAGUGCUACAUCGAGAGCAUAUGUUCCCAAAUCCAUAUGGCCCCAAUUCAAGCAGAAGUUGGUUGAGGAAACAUCGAAGCUUUCAAUUGGAUCUCCAAAGGACCCAAAGAAUUUCAUCGGCCCAGUCAUUCACGAACCGUCAUUCAAAAAGCUCUCAGGAGUCAUUGAUAAUGCCAAAUCUGACUCCGAACUCGAGCUUCUUGUAGGAGGCAAACACGACAACUCGACCGGUUAUUACAUUCACCCCACCAUCUACCAAACCACCAACCCUAGACACGCUCUCAUUUCUACCGAGCUAUUCGGACCAGUUCUUACCGUUUACGUCUACGACGACUCUACUGCUCCAGCCGAAGCUUUCGAAUCGGUCUGUAAACUCGUGGAUACCACUUCGGAGUAUGGUCUAACCGGUGCUAUCUUUGCGACCGAUAGAGCGGCAGUUAGAUAUGCAGAAGAAGCAUUGAGAAAUUCAGCGGGUAAUUUCUACAUUAAUUGCAAGAGUACCGGCGCGGUGGUUGGACAGCAACCUUUCGGUGGUGCGAGGGCUAGUGGAACAAACGACAAAGCAGGAAGUAUGAAUCUGUUGAGUAGAUUCGUUAGUGUGAGGGCGUUGAAGGAAGAGUUCGUUGCAAUUGGGAGUGUUGAGUACCCAAGUAACGAGGUUUGA